UGACACGGUCUGCGGCAGAGAGGCGUGUCGGGAGAACGACGGUAAGCAAGCAGAUCAACGCUAUAGUGAAAACACCUGCUUCUUGUUCUAGUAAUUGGCGAGGAGACGCUUUUAAGGCUCAACGGAGGAAGCAAACGGAGAGAGAGAGACGGCUGAGAAACGUGUUCGAAAGGAAGCCUCGUGACGUUGUGUCCAGGACUAAAGAGAAGGAAUCUCCCUCGACGAAGAGGAUUGGAAAGACAAAGAAUCUUACUCAACGAAGAGUUAAAGAGACUGUGUGAAUGUUUGAUCCCGGAAGUGAAACCCGGAAGUAAAAAUAAAGAUUCUUACGUUUCUCAGCCACGCCGACCCUUGCCUCCUUUCUUCCCUUGAACUUGAACUUUGUUACACUGGUGCCGAAACCCGGGAGGAAAGGAGAGAGCCGCCGCCAUGCAGACUCCGUCAGGAUCGCCAUUUGCGGAGGUAAUAUCUUCACUCGCCGGUCUCCACCAGGAACACCAUCAGGCCCUGCUGAGGCUUCGAGAGGACCAAGAGGCACGAUUCCAGGCUCUAGUCCUGACUCAGCAGGAGGACCGCGAGUCAUUCCGGAGCUGGUUGAGCCAGGAGAGAGGCGCAUCACCAUCUACGCUUUUUGGGACGGUACCGCUGCAUAAGAUGGGAACCCAGGACGAGCCGGAAGCCUUCUUGGACUUAUUCGAGAGGUCCGCUGAGCUAUCCGGAUGGCCGCCGGACGCUUGGGCAUCCCGCCUUAUCCCACUCCUGUCUGGAGAAGCCCAGAUGGCGGCCCAACAACUUCCGGUGGCGAAUCUCCUGGUAUAUGCGGACCUCAAGAAAGCCAUCCUCCAACGGGUAGGCCGGAGUCCUGAGCAGCAUCGGCAGCGGUUCCGAUCCCUGGAGUUCGGGGAACGUUCCCAACCUUUUGCCUUCGCUCACCAGCUCCGGGAUGCCUGCCGCAGAUGGCUGAUGGCCGGGGCCACUACCGUCGACACCAUCGUCGACCUGGUGACGCUGGAGCAGUUCGUGGCGCGGUUGCCCAAGAAAACCGCGCAAUGGGUCCAGUGUCACCGCCCGACGACAUUGGCCCAGGCCAUCCAGCUGGCGGAGGACCAAUUGGUGGCGUGCCCAGGGGUCGGCACAACCCCAACAUCUCUUUCUCUCUCUCCCUCUAGGUCUACGACAGUGACGAGACCGGUGCCCCUACCCAGGUCCAGGGGGGGCUUCUAUCCGCGGCCGGCGCCGCGAACCCGGUUCCCACCAGAGGCAGGGCCAUAUGGAGCUUUCAGGUCCCAAGAGGGACAACCCCAACGGACCGGCAGUGGUUCCCAAAAUUCUUACCCUUCAUCAGCCUCUCCUCGCCAAUUCGGGGGUCUGCUUCCUGCCGCUGGGGCGGCGGGGACUCCUGGGCCGGCCUGUUGGCGUUGUGGGGACCCCGGGCAUUUUGUCGACCGAUGUCCGAUGAUGGAGGUCGGCAUGAUGAUCCGGGUUCCCGACAAUCCUCAGGCUGCCCUCGGUCAGGACGGACUGUACCAAAUACCUUAAUUGGCGAGGAGACGCUUUUAAGGCUCAACGGAGGAAGCAAACGGAGAGAGAGAGACGGCUGAGAAACGUGUUCGAAAGGAAGCCUCGUGACGUUGUGUCCAGGACUAAA